GGGCGCCAACCAGAGCUUGCUUCAUGCCAGGGACUCACCACGACCGUGGGUGCUGCAGGGCUGGACCAUGAGCUGGCUUUCUCCAAGAUCAUUGUGGAGCUACGGAAGAAGCACCCAGGCCACAUCCUGCCAGACGAGGACCUGCAGUGGGUGUUCGUGAACGCGGGUGGGUGGAUGGGCUCCAUGUGCCUCCUGCACGCCUCACUCACAGAGUAUGUGCUGCUCUUCGGGACAGCUGUUGACACUGGGGGCCACUCAGGUCGGUACUGGGCAGAUAUCUCUGACACUGUCAUCUCGGGGACUUUCCGGCAAUGGAAGGAGGGGACCACCAGAAGCGAGAUCUACUAUCCAGGGGACACCAUUGUGCACCAGGCGGGAGAGGCCACGUCAGUGCAGUGGAGCGCAGGCACCUGGAUGGUGGAGUACGGCCGGGGCUUCAUCCCCUCUACGCUUGCCUUUGCCCUGGCUGACACACUCUUCAGCACUCAGGACUUCAUCACCCUCUUCUACACCCUGCGCAUCUAUGCCAAGGGCCUGCUCCUGGAAGCCUGUGCCUUCUUCAGCACCUUGGGCUGCUGAGCCCAGCUCACUGGGGCACCCUGCCGUGCACAGCUGGCUCCUCUCCUCCCAGCCUUUCACCCCUCUCCUCCCCAAGCCCAGGCUCUAGCAGAGGCAGCAGGAGCCCCCCUGUGCCUCCCCCAGAUUACUCCAUCCUUCCUCAUGGGCCAGCUGGGUGCCCGGACAGAGGGACCGUGGUGGUCACAGCAAUACAGGCCGCCAGUUCUCUUUACCUGCCUCUCCAUCCUUUCAAUUGGAGCCAUGUCCUGCUUUUCCAUCCCUCAGGGCAGGAGUGGCCUUGUGGGAUACGAACACCCCCGUGUGCCCUCAGCGUUCCGCGAGAGUGGGGCUGGAGCUAGCUGUCCCCAGGCUCCGUGAAAUUUCUGCAUCUCCUCAGACAUCAGGAGGAGGAUGCCGUCCUUGGGCAGGGUGCACAGGGUAAGUGGGGCCAGAGCACCCAUUGUAAAGGUCAGCUGAGAAGUUCCCUAUCUCCCUGGCAGUCUGCCGGGACUGCAGACAGCGCAGGGCACUGUGUCCAGCUGGCAGCAUCUCCCGUGGCUUCAUCCCUGCUGACGUGGGUUGGCAGCACACGGUGUCACACUGGCUCGGGGCAGGAUCUGCACUGGAAGCCCCCCAGCAGUGGGGGGAUGCCCAGGCUCUGUGCUGAAGGUCCCUCCUGGUCCCCUGUGUCUCAUCAGCCCCAGGGGUCAGCUGGGGCUGGAAGAGGGGUCCCUUUCCCACAGUCCCUUCCCUACAGUCCCCCCCAGGGGGGAGAGCCACCGUCUGUCGCCUUAACAGAGAGCCCGUUUUGUGUGGCCUCUGGGCUAUGCACAUACCUAGUGUCUGCAGGUGCCCAAAGCUCUGUACUAGCUCAGGAUGGGAUCUCGCCCCUCAAAACACUUCCCCUGGCUGUGAGACCCCCUGGGGACAGCCACCCCGCUUGGCUGCCGGCGUGGGGUCCCAGCCGCUGAGGGAGUGCUGUGGUCCCCCGACUGAGCCUGGCUCCGGACCCUGCUGGCAGCCCUGCGGCCGGACCUGUGUGGGCUUGCUGCUUUUGUGGGGGUCUUUCACCUCCACGUUGCUGCCAAAAUAAUGUGCGUGUCCCUGGCCACCAGGCCUGUAGCAUGUCGCUGCUCCCGCUCCCCGGACUGUCCCCAUCCUGCUGACUGGCAGCCCUGCACACGGGCUACUUCUUAAAAUGCCACCUGAGAAGAGAUAUCAGUAAUAAAAUUGUUCAUCCCACCUGCUUGUGUCACCAGGAGAGUCUCUGGAGUGUGCUAAGCCCCUGCCAUGGGGAUCAGUGCUGGAUCUGGCCAGUUCCAGGCUCAGCAGGAGUCCUGCUGGCAACUGGGUGUCCCUGGGGAAGUUGGCACCACUCUUCCUGGGGUCCUGGGAGCUGGGGGAUGUGGUGUUGGGCAGGAUCAUCCCCAAAUUAGCUCCCGGGGACCAGCAAGUGAUGGUGCUGUUACUCUUUCUGCUGCAGUCACUGGGGAUCAGAAGCCUGGGCUGGUGCCUUCUGUGGGGGACCCGAGAGUCAGGGGGGAGCUCUAUUCUUCUGGGGGACAGUGCCAGUGCUGGGUGUGUGGCCAUGAGGGUGGAUGGACCCAGACGUAGCACAUUGGAGGUUCUGAGGGCUUUACACAGACAUGCAGAGGUGCACCCCUCAAUGUGAGAAGGGCACAGGAGGGGAACACAGGGUAUGCAGGGUGUGGGUGUGCAGGUGCACAUGCUGGCAGACGGGUUGCACACAUGUGAGUGCGUAAGU